UGUGGAGCUUUGGUUCUACUUUAUUACUUCAAAUUUGUGUAUGAAGAUUAAUUAAAUUUUAUUAAUAUUUAUCAACUUUCAGGUUCAUUUAAUAAAUAUUAGUUUACAAAACGGUAUUUAAAAUCCAAAAUCAAUGUACAUUCGACGAAAUACAGCAGUUAAAUACUGCUUGGGGAUUGUAUUAGGGGCGAUUUUGUACGCUGAAGUGAUUGUGUACUAUAUCCAAGCACUGCAAUGGCAGGACUUACAUUGCCAAGUGGGAGACAGAACUUGCACGAAGAUACUUUUCAUCGCCGACCCGCAGAUACAGGGUGAAUUAGCGGUGCCACCGCCUUUGAGCUAUCUUUUUAACUGGGAUAGUGACAGAUUUGUACAGAUGACAUUUUUAAGAGUUGUCCAUCACUUCCAACCAGAUGUUUUGGUGUAUCUUGGAGACCUGAUGGAUGAAGGAUCAAUAGCUGAUGCAGAACAAUAUUCGCACUAUAUCAAAAGGCUAUCUGAUAUAUUUGACAACAUACCCUAUCCUGUACAUCAAAUCUGGGUACCAGGAGACAAUGACAUUGGAGGAGAGAAUGAGCCCAUCAAGUGGGAUAAGGUGAAGCUAUUUCAGAAGGUGUUUGCACAGCCACCAAUAGUGGCAGUUAAAGACAUAUCAUUCUACAGGAUAAACGCCAUCACGCAUGCGUACCCCAAACUGCCCGAGAACGAGACAGACGACAAUUUCAAGAUAGCUGUCUCGCACUAUCCGCUGCUGAUACGACAUGCCUUUAUUACAGAGGUAACCAAACACGUCCAACCAGACAUAUACUUCUGCGCACACGACCACGAAUCUAAAUACACGACGCAAACGCAGAGGUUUGAACAGAACAAGAUACACCAGUUCUACGGCAACGAAGUACUGGAUAUAGGGUUUGGGGGGGAUGUCUAUGAGAUAUAUGUCCCGACUUGCUCGUAUAGGAUGGGUACGAGCAAAAUUGGAUAUGGUGCGGCGGUUCUAGACUACAACAACACGCGCCUGCGCUACGCCGUGCUCUGGUCGCCGCAGCGGUUCCUCUACCUCUUCGGCUACCUUGUUCUCCUGGUACUGGGCAUUGCUUACGCGGCCGCUUGCCUAGUAAAACUGCUUUGUCAGUGGUAUUUUAGGAGUACAAGCUUGCCUAUGUAUAGCAAACUUUAGCGGUGACAAAUAUACCCUACCUCCAUGAACAAAAUUGAUAUUUAUUACAAUGAAACAUAUGAUAAUAGUCGCCGCAGUUGGGGACGUUAUCAAAGCUCAGUUGACAGAAGAGCAGUAGGCACUAAUUGGUAUACCCAAAGAGCAUAUAAUCACUACGUUUUAAGAGACGGGACUUCCAUACUAGCGAGUGGAAUCCCUUUGUUUCGCAAAUCAUUACCAAAAUGUACAACAAAGAACUGUCAAAGAACCAUAGUACCAACAUAAGCAAUUUAAAUAGUGUAGUACGCUACACGCUUGCGUUUCUUAUCGAUAUCGAUAAAAUGGGGAGGGUUGAAAUAUAGACUCUUGUCUACAAAUUUUGUACUCGAAAUCAAGUUAGGAUCGAGUCCACAUUUAAGUUGUAUGUUAUAUAGUGGAU